UGCCGCCCAAAUCCAGUAGGAGGACAUCUCGACUCUCGAGUCAUUUACCGAGUCAACCACCUUAACUACCACACCAACCCAAGCAAUCCGACUUCGAGCAGACUCUACCUCCAAUCUCUCGCUCCUCCUUUACCCACCGCCCAAAUGUCGAAUCCCGACGACGGAGGAAUUGGGUAUUGGCUGCGAUGGCAAGUGGCAAUCUGUGCUUUCAUCGUUGUCGCCCCUGCAGUGGCGGCCGCUUGUAUUAUUAUCAAGAAAUCCAGAGCCGCAGAGACUCUCUACUACAGCGAUCUCUGGAAAGCCUGCUGGAGAUGCCUCAACCCUCUCUACCUUCUUGUCUUCAGAGCUUUUGCGCUCGUUUGCUUGGCCCCCGUACUUUAUGGAGUCGCCUCCGUCGAUGGGAUCUUCACCUACUAUUUCUACACUCAGUGGACGUUUACGCUUGUGAUGGUCUACUUUGCGUUGGGGACCGUCAUUUCUGCAUAUGGUUGUUACUGGGAAUCCCAAAACCAAUCACCAUCUGGAGCUGGAACCGCUGAAGCCUCUUUGUUUCUUGAGACGGGCUUGGAUGAUAAUGAUAAAGGGGAUGAAACAGUACAGUUGAAAGCUGGGUUCUGGGGUUACCUAAUGCUCACGGUAUAUCAGACUUGUGGGGGAGCUGUGAUCCUGACUGACAUUGUGUUCUGGUGUCUUCUUCUUCCAUUUCAAUCCGACGAGCAUUUUCAUCUGGAUGUGUUGAUGGGCUGCAUCCACUCUCUGAAUGUUGCGUUCCUAAUCCUUGAUACUAUCCUCAACAACCUUCCGUUUCCUUGGUUCGGAUUUCUAUAUUUUGUGCUGAGAGCUGUGUCUACAUGGUUUUCCAAUGGGCGCUUCACAUCGGUGGGAUUUCAGGGUGGCCAUACGAAUUCUUGGAGCUCAAUACGCCAUGGGCUCCCUUAUGGUACUUCGCAAUCGCUGUGGUGCACGUCCCCUUUUAUGGGAUGUACGUGCUGCUUGUUAAGGCCAAAUACUCACUCCUCCCAAAAUGGUUUCCUGGUGCCUUUGUGAGCAGAUCAUACCCCUGAUUCUCCUACUCCUCCAAAUGCGGGCCUUUCAUUCACCUCCGUCGGAUGAUUUCGGGGUGAAAGAAGGGUUGAGCUGAUUUUUAGCAUCAUCCUAGCCAAAUUCGUCUAGUCUAUCAUCAAUCUUGUAGAAAGCUGAGCCGAGAUUAGUAGAUGUUUGUGCCUAGUUCGAUGUCCUUCAGCUGAAGAUUAAUAAUGCAUUAUCCCCAGUGAAAGCAGGCUUGGAAGCCAAGCUAAAUGCCACAGCUGCGCCUCUCAGAUUGGCCACUCUGCACAUGGAAGACUACACCAAGAAUCAUCAGACUAAGUACAUGUAUUAUCGCUGGAGCAGUUAGGAUUUUAGGAGCGAGCGAGCAUCUGGAGGGUCUCUACUUUAGGACUUAAAUCACAUAUAUUUGUCUGAGUUGUGAGCACAUUAGGGGGAAGUAGCAGGUGAAAUGCCAUUGACUAUUGUACUGUUGUAUUAUUGGUUGAGUGUAUUUAAAGUACAGCUUUGAUAGAGAACAGAGCAUAGCUAGAAUACUGCAGAUAGUGAACGCAUAAAUAGCAACACAAUGGAGAGAGAGAGAGUAUAAACACGAGUACAUAUGGUGUUUUGGUUGUUAACCACCAUGGACAAGUGUGUGAUGGGCGAGCCGAUGCUAUUUUUUGUUCCACCCUGAUUGAAGCAUAAACUAAGACUCUUCUUGAAGGAGUAAAAUUAACACAAGAAUAUGGUUCCGAAUGAAUGGUGCAAUCCUACUGCCAGGUACUAGUUAAGCGUUGAAUCAAAAUCAAGCAAGUUGGAAGUGGCGGUGUGUUGCAUGGAUUGGCUCUAUUGUCACGAUUCUCAGGACAAACCCCUUUCAUUAAGGUCAAGGAGAUG